CAAGCAAAACCUCGAACAAAUCUUCUUUCCUGUCUUUUCUCUCUCAUCAGUUUUAAACCUCCGACACCCUUCUUCUUCGCUCCUCUCUCCGUUUCCGUACACUCCCCCUCUAAAAUCCGUCCUCUGCAGACAGAGAUACGGAGACAGCGAACCUUAAUUUCCUUGCAGUAGUUUCUGGAAAAUGUUGGUUCAGAGGAGAGUGAUGACGUGGAGAUCGGUGGCCAAGUCUUUGCAAACACUUGUCGCCCACGCCUCCCUUUUCACGUUCACGAUUCUCCUCGUUCUCAAGCUCCACCGUUCCGUCCGCUACUCUUGGUGGAUCAUAUUAUCCCCUCUGUGGCUUUUCCAUGUAGUUGUAGCACGAGGCAGAUUUUCGUUACCUGCUCCAAAGCUGCCUAAUGAUCGCAAUUGGGCACCUUUUCAUGCUGUCAUGGCGACACCGUUGCUUGUCGCAUUUGAACUAAUGCUUUGUAUAUACCUUCAGAGCAGAUAUGUUGUAAGCUUGAAGAUUGUCUUUGCACCCUUGUUGGCAUUUGAACUAGCAAUUCUAUUUGAUAAUGUCAGGAUGUGUAAGGCUCUAAUGCCUGGAGACGAUGAACACGCGAAUGAUGAUGUGAUAUGGGAAACGCUUCCUCACUUCUGGAUUUCUAUAUCCAUGGUCGUCUUUCUUGCUGCCACAGUAUUCACUCUUUUAAAGAUAAAUGGUGAUAUUUCUGCUCUAGGCUGGUGGGACUUAUUCAUAAACUUUGGAAUUGCACAGGGUUUUGCCUUUCUUGUUUGCACAAAGUGGUAUAAUCCAGCUAUUCACAGACACGCUCACAUUCAAGAACCUUGUUCAUCUUCCAUGAGUGUAAGAUACCUUGACUGGAAUAGUGGCUUAGUUGUUUCUUCAGAUGACGAUCAAGACGAGACUGUAGUAUGCAGCCUGCAGGAUAUCGGUGGGCAUAUUAUGAAAAUUCCUCUAAUCAUUUUCCAGAUCCUACUCUUUAUGCACUUAGAGGGGAGGCCAUCGGCUGCUAGGCAUAUCCCAGUUCCAGUUCUUUUUGCUCCUCUUCUUUUAGUGCAAGGAACCGGUCUUUUGUUUUCUGCAUAUAGAUUAACAGAGAAAAUUGUUCUUUUAGUACAUGAUGGAGUUUUUUCUGUAAGAUACUUGGACAUAGCAUCAAAAGUUCGCGAGUAUUUUGGGUUCUAUCGCCAUGGUUCAAGGUUAUUGGGCUGGUGGUCGAUUGACGAAAGAAGUCGAGAGGAACAGGCUAGACUGUGUUGUGCAGAGGCUUCAGGGUAUAACACUUUUUCACCUGAUAUAGUGAAGAAGUUGCCUAGAUCGGACCUUGUUGAGGAGAUUUGGAAACUGCAAGCUGCACUCAGUGAGCAAACAGAAAUCAUGAAAUUUAGCCAGCAGGAGUAUGAAAGACUUCAGACUGAAAAGAUCCUAUGUAGAGUGUGCUUUGAAGAACAGAUUAAUAUGGUCCUGCUUCCAUGCCGGCAUCAUGUUCUGUGCAGCACUUGCUGUGAGAAGUGUAAAAAGUGCCCCAUAUGUCGUGUCUGCAUUGAACAGCGAGUGCCGAUAUCUCAUGUGUAAAGUAUGCCCGAAGACCAGCAGUUGUUGCUUGUGAAUUUCGGAUACUAGGUCGAGACAAGCAAUUGGAAGCUGGAAAUUUUUCUUUCAACCAUGCCCUUUUUGUUGUAGUAUAAUACCAAAAAUUGUAAAUAUUAUGGCGAUAUAGUCUCGAAUUUCAAAAGUGUUGAUUGAGCUUACUUGUCCAUAUUUUACACACAAUCUAAGUCACGAUUGAGAAUGCGACCAUUUGAAAGGUAAAAAGCUCUGUUCAUCUUGA